AAAACGAGUACAAUCCCAAUUUCCCAAAACAACAACCCAAGUGAGAAGAAAGAAAAGAGCAAUUAGCAAAACUUGAAGAAAAAAGUUGUGCAAGUUUUGUUUUUCAGACCAAGAGAGUUGAAUCGAUGGGAGGCAGUUACUCGGACCUCGGACUUGACAAGUCUGAAUCAGAAGCCGAUGAUGGAUCAUCGCCCAUCACCACCCUCAAAUCAGUUAAAGAUUGGGACAACAAGGUUGCAGAAAGCAAAACCCCCCAAAACAAGAACAAACUGAUUGUUGUGGACUUCACGGCUUCAUGGUGUAUAUUUUGCAAAAUCAUAGCACCGGCUGUGAAAGAAUAUGCUCAGAAAUACAGUAAUGUUGAGUUUCUCAAAAUCGACAUGACUUCUCCUCAAACUCCCUUCAUGGAUGUGGCUCGGAAAUAUGAUGUAAGAGGAUAUCCAACGUUUAUAAUGAUGAAGAAUGGGGAGAGUGUUGAGAAGGUUAUAGGGGCCAACAAGGAAGAACUCAAGAGAGCGAUCGAGAAGCACAAGGCCUAAUACUAAUUAAUUAGUUUGUAUUAUUUUCUAUAAAAUCGUUUUUAUAUUAUACUAUAUAGAAUAUAUAUGUAUAUGGUUAUCCAAGAAAGUACACAAAAAUGAUGUUGAGGCACUAGUCUCCAUGGAUUACAUCUCUAAAUAAGAUCUCUUGUUUGCCUUAUAUUACAUCUCUAAAUAAGAUCUCAUGAAUGAUGUUGAGGCACUAGUCUCCAUGGAUUACAUCUCUAAAUAAGAUCUCAUAUUUGCCUUA